CAGCUGGAACGUUGUGCCAGUAAACCAGCAACAGCAUCCGUACGACGUUUCUAUCGUUUUGUUGAAGUGCUAGAAGAAGAACUAGCUGAGAGUCGUUGUAAUCAGCCUGAUAACUUCUUGGAAAUCCUAUUCUCAUCGGUGCUAUCGGUGGAACUUGUCAUCCAAGCACUCAUUGGCUUGAUCCUCGUAUUUUCAUCGCUUGAGCCAUCCGUUAUCCAAAGUAUCGGACAGUAUCUUCGCACCGUUUUCGCAUCACUUCUUGAAGCGGCUAAAAAAGAUAAUUCGACAGCAUUCGAUUGUGCUCUCUCUGCCGAGUUCAUACAUCAUUUUUUCGCAUCUGUGCUUUCGCUAGACACUGCUGAAAUUGUCUUCGAUCGCCACAGCCUUACCACUCUUCUAAAAAUCUUCAAAGAAAGACUCCAGCGGCUCGGUUGCUAG